UAUGGCCAGCUCUCCGGCCUAGUGGAGCCUGUCGCUGGGAUACUGGGCUGUCUGGCCGUUUCAUUUGUCAGCUCUUUGCAGCCCUAUGCACUUGGUUUUGCUGCUGGGGCCAUGUUGUUUGUCAUAUUCGAUGAUCUUAUCCCAGAAGCGCAGUCCCGGUAAAGAUACUAUGCAUUAUUUAUUUGCUUUUUAA